AUGCCCUGGAUGAUUGUUUACCUUUACACUCCUUUACACUCUCUCUUUGACUUUUGUUUCAAGUGGUUCUCCAGCGAAUGUGUAGCUCCUUCCUUCCUUGUUCUCUCUGAUCGCGGCAAGACAAGGCGCAUCUGUCUGUCUGUCCGCUGCAAGUCUGCCCAAGAUACCAACGACGACCGACUUUCUUUGGGCUUUGCUAUACCGCCCCCGAGAACGAUAUAUUCCACGUCCAAUACGCGAUUUCGACGCGUCAAGAACGAAAAAAGAUACCAGCUGCGACCGAGCCUGAGGGAAUACAGCAGGAAGCAAGGCGAACCCAGUACCCAGCUCCCCUUCAGAUAA